AUGAAAACGGCCAUGGCCCUGGCCAAGCCUGGACCCUUUGGCCAAUGUGCACAGCGCUGGAUUUCCGCAUUUGCCUGUUCAAAUACUAUAGCCAUACAAAAGAUCCCAUUGGAGGAUCACAACAGACAAUCUCCACUCACCAAAGAUGGAAUAAAGGAGAUGUGGGAGCACUCGAAGAUAUCGCAAUAUGAAAACACCCGGUGCUAUGUGACGCCAAGCUUUUUCUCUCUCAUAAAGAGCGAUUAUAAGAAAGGUCCAAAGUAUGUUUUUUACUGGAAGUUUGGCGGGUUUACCUGCCAAUCGAGAAUCGUAGCAUUGGCGCCUCUCGAAAUUCCAAACACUCCAAGCCCGGUAAAUUACUUUCAAAUUGCAGUUAGGUUUGAAAGUCGCCAGGGGAUAGGCUCGAUUCCUCAACCUCCUGCAGAAAUAGUGCAUAUGGUCAAUCCAAAAGAGUCUUUUUAUAGUCUUUUCAGCGAUGACUCUUCAAUCAAAAUGGAAAGCGUGGUCGAGUAUUACGUUUUUGAGAAAAGUCAGGAUGACCCCUAUCAUAAUUGGAGGAUUGCAGGAAAGAUAGAGCCAGCCGCAAGCGCAUAG